CGAGCCGAUGACAGCCGCKUAAGGAACUAAGGAGCGAUUGUUUGAAGAAAAACAAUAACGCUCAAAAYCAUUCUGAGUAGGCUAAAAGGCAAAUUACAUUUUAAAAUCCGUUAAACCGAGAGGAGUAUAUCCCUCCGCCACGCAGCAGCUACCUGGUUGCUUGGAGACGCAGGGCGGCGCAUUAAUAUGUAAAUUAGCCAAGUGGUGAAGCGGUCGCAGCCAUCAGCAGCUGUUUCUCAGUCUUUUCCUGAGUCACAGUGUCGAACCGGGUCGAACCGGGAGGAUCUAGCUGUGAAUUCUUCUGCUCCGGUUCCGGUUCGGUUCCGCUGGUGGUGAAAAUACUCCAUGACCCAGGUGGUUCCGAGGCGCGUGGACAUGACAGCUCUGCUCCCUCCUUCUGCUUCUCCACACAACAAGAGGCACUCUUCUCCUUCCCCGUCACCGUCCAGUCCUACAGGCUCUCGGCUGCUGUUAGCUAAAGAGCGACAGGAGGACACGCUGAAGAUGAGAGAGCUGACGCAGGAGCUGCAGGACAAGGAGCUCCGCGUCCAGCAGCAGCUGGAGCGCCGCGCUGAGGAGCGGGGGAGGAAGAUGGAGGAGCAGAGGAGGAAGGAGCAGCGGCGCAGUGCCGCAGCGGGGGAGAAGAGACGCCAGCAGCAGGAGGCCGACAAGGAGAGGCUGGAGGCCCUGGUGCGCCGGAGAGCCGGGGGCGCCGACAGGAGAGGAGGAGGAGCAGGGGAGGCCCACCUGGACAACAGGCCCAAACGCUGGACCUGGGAGGGACCGCCCGACGGAGCAGAAGGUAACCCUAAGACCCCACCUCGUAAUGCCAUUGGCUCCACUCAGCCCAAUGAGCUUCCUGCUGCUUCCAGCACCAGCCAAUCCCGUAACGCUGACUUCCUGUCUCCACCAACGAUGGAUCAGCUGAACAACAAACAGCUUUCUAACUCUACAGCCUCCCUCAGCUCACCGGAGAGAGUGUCGUUUGUGUCCCAUCGAACAGCUUCCCCCAGCAACCACAGACCCAUCAGGAGUUCCUCCAACCGCAGGAGCAUCGCUGGGCUGCCUGAUGACACGUCCCGAGCCAAAACACCCACGGGGGAGUCUCCGAACACGCCGGUCCGUAGCUCUUCCUUCAAAGCCAACAGUAAAGGUCACGUCACGCCUAAACGGGUGAAGUCCAACAGGAGCCGCGCCCAGUCCCCCUGCUCCCCCGGACAGUACCCGCCCUCCCCGCUCCGACAGAGAGCCGCCACCCCCGGCACCGACGACAGGGGGCUCGCUGAGGUCAAAGGUCACGGCACCCUGGAGAGGAAAUCUGCCAAAUCUGAGACGUCAGAGGGCAAAAAGAUCCCUAAAUCCACCAGCAGAGAGCUGAACGCAGAGUCUCCGAGCACGCCAACGGGCCGCAGCGUUGGCGGGACCACGGACGCUGAGGAGGCGUCCAGACUGCUGGCAGAACGGCGCCGUCUGGCCCGGAUCCAGAAGGAGCAGGAGGAGAAACAACGACAGGAGGAGGAGAGGCUGAGGGUGGAGGAGGAGCUGAGGAGGCAGCAGGAGGAGAAGGAGCGUCAGGAGCGAGUGGCGCUGCAGGCCGAGGAGGAGCGAGUGAGGAAGGAGGAGGAGAGGAGGAUCAGAGAGGAGGAGGAGAGACAGAAGAAGGAGCAGAGACUGAAGGACAUGCAGGACCAGCUGGACAGAGACAGGGAGGAGGCCUUCCUGCGAGCUCAGAAGGAGGCGGAGAGGAAGAGACAGGAGAGGGAGCUGCUCCACAUCCAGGAGGAGCAGGAGAGGCAGCUGAGGAAGAAGAGGAUUGAGGAGAUCAUGAAGAGGACGAGGAAGAGCGAGGUGGAGCCUCCAUCAGCUGCCUCAGUYUCUGAGAUGAAAGGUGAAGCUGCUGUCGCCUCAGAGGAGGAUGCAGCCACUCCUGCAGAGACCCCCAUCAUCACRCUGGGACCCCUGGAGAACAAGAGCUGUGUGGACGAGCUGUCCGAUGGCGUCCAGUCCAUGGACGUCAGUUCUCCGUCUGUCUCCAUCAGUCCGGUGUCCCGGGACGAGCAGGCCAGCGCUCACGAGUUCUCCCCGGUCACUGAGGGACCCGACGCCUGUCCCCUGGAGCAGCUGAUGGACCUGGACGCGCCGGGACGAGGACAGCACCGCGGCGCRGACACGCCCCCCUACCCCAGGCUGCAGGCCGGCAGCGGGGUGGGAGACCUGAACAAGAACCUGCUGAUCCAGGCCUACAGCGCCGCCUCCGAGUCCUCCCAGCUCAUCGCCAGCGUCGGGCCCAGCAAGCUGGACGUCCAGUAGUCAGGAGCUUUUCAGCAGCUGGAAGAAAAACGAAGCAGGAGCCAAACGAGACAAAUUCAUCAAUAAAAACCACCAAGUCCCAAAGAGUUCCACACCUGAGCUUCACCUGGACUUCACCUGGACUUCACCUGGACUUCACCUGAACACACACGCAGCUGAUUGGCUCAUUUCAGGCAGCACAGAUGACUCAUGUUUUCAUCAUCAUGUUACAGAGAAAAUCUGAAAAUAAGUCUUUAUUUCAGACGAGCUGUAGAAAUAAUGUCUAAAGUUCUGCAACACGUCGACCGUCUGACCAAAGCUUUAAAGAUUUAAAACUAAAUUUACACAAAGAUUGAGUGAGUCUUUGAAUCGUUCUUUUUCCAGGCUGGAAUCAUUAAACAGUUUUAUUGUCUGCUCCUCUCAUCCUGGACUUCCUGGACUUGUUUCUCCAUUAAUCCAAACAUUUCUCCUGUUUUCCACCUGCGCUGCCUCCAGACCUCUGCUUUGACCUGWAAGCCCCCUGCUUUCUACAGCCCUCUGUAAAUAUGUCAGUCAGGACAGGAAGCAGCUCUGUAGCAGGGAAUCUGCUGGAGGAUCAUAAAAACUGAGGCUGUUUGUGUAAAAACUGUAGCAGAUCCUAUCAGGACUAGCUAGCUGUGGUUGUAGCUGUAGUUCAACGAUGUGGGAGUUGUUCUCUUUCUCUGGGUGUUUCUGACGUGUUCGUCCCAACAUGGACCUCCUCCUCUGCUGCUGGGAGCCUCACAGAUUCUUCUCCUGCUGUUACCUUGUAGCUUCGGCUCCUCUGCUGCUCCUCACCUCACCGGGACACUUUGGACUUUGCAGAGCGAUGAAAACAAACGAUGCUUAGAUUCUUGUUUUUAUCAGCGGGUGAAGUUUUUCCUGAGGCUCGGUUUAGAUUGUGCACCUACARUAGUUUCAUGUUUCACUGCUUUUAAGACGCUGCCAGACUAAAAUGUGUUUCACUGAGUCGCAGCAGAACAGCACCUGAGGCCUUAAAACCUCUUUGUUCACCACCUCUCACUGAUGAAGAGCCACCUGUUCACUACAGACAUUUGUUUUAGGUUUGUUAGAGAGUUUAUCUUUGCUUUGCACCUGCAUCAGAUAAAAAAACAGAUUCUGUGAAAACAAACUACAGAUGUUUAAAGAGAUCUGAGAAUUUAACAGGCAACAGUGUUGAUGUUUCAAUGCAACAAAAGGCUCUUCUGCUCCUUUUUGCUGCCGUCCKUAAAGGAAAGGGUCAUUUACUCGUCACAACUGUGAACUUCAUGGCAUUUCCUCCCAUUUAUUUCACCUGCCAGCUCAAACUUUGCACAUCCAGACUCUGCUGAAACAAGUGUGUCCUGGGUCUCUGUGUGUAUGAAGUAAACAUAAAGGACUUAAUGUUUAUCCUAAUAUUACUAAACUCUGUGACACUGCGGCUUGGUGGAAUAUAUCAUUAUAAAUGUGGUGCAUGGAUACUUGCUGAAAAACAACAAUAAACUUCAUCAAACCACUUGUGGGAGUGAAGUUUAUAAGAAAACUAACACUGAGUUGAACAAUAAAGGUAAAAAUAUAUAGAAAUUACAAGUGAAACAUAAAGGGAMGAACGUAGCUGAUUUUAUUUAUUAUUAUAUCCCACUGUGUGUUUGACUUUAUGCUUCAGGAACAUUAAAUAUGAUUAAAAUUGUA